AUGUUUUAUGAUGAAAAUUUAAUGAACGAUGAAAUAUUAGGGGUUGUGUGGAAGCUAGCAAAUAACAUACCAACUGAAAAUAUUGGUAAUCAUAAUUUACCGAGAAUUUGUACCGAGCUGAACUCCUGGGUGGACAUUGCAGUAGUGCCACACAGGAGACUGUCCUUGAGAACCUCUUCUACCCUCAUCAAUGGAACUGCCAUGUUGUACCAGCAAAACAUGCGUCAGCUGCUUGAUGGCAAGCAAGCAGAAGCGAAGCUCGAAGCACACGAAGACACGAAGUUGCGGUCCACGACACUGGACACGUCUGUAGUCGUCGGCGGCACCGGAGCGAAAGGACGCGUCUCGCGGCACGCGCCCUAUUAUAGCCUCGCGCUGUGCUCGCGACAUCGCGACGAACGGCGACCGCGACGGCGCAUGCGCGCAGCCGCUCCGUCGAGCCUUGCGACGAACGCGCGCUGCUAUUGGUCAAUUGUAUUUACAUAUGUGUGA